GGAAUGAUGGUGUGGGCUUGUUUUUCAGACCCCUUAGUUCCAGUGAAAGGAACUUUGAAUCUUCAGGAUACCAAAACAUUCUGGACAAUUCCAUGCUCCCAACCUUGUAGGAACAGUUUGGAGCGGGUCUUCCUCUUCCACCAUGACUGUUCACCAGAACACAAAGCAAGGUCCAUACAGACAUGGAGGACAGAGUCUGACCUGGACUGACCUGCAUAGAGUCCUGACCUGAACCUAUAGAACACCUUUGGAUGAAUUAGAGCAAACACUGAGACCAGACCUUCUCCACCAACAUCUGUGUGUGGCCUGACCAAUAAAAAAAUCUUAUAUAAACUACUCCACCUUGUGGACAGCCUUCCCAGAAGAGUUGAGGCUGAAAUACCUGCAAAAGGUGGACCCACAUCAUAUUGAACUCUAUGGUUUAGGAAUGGGAUUCAAGCCGGCCCUGGGCUGCAUGAUGUCCUAGGUGAAAAGGAACACCACCACCAUUGUCGUCCGGAACAGAAACAACGGAGCUGCCUGGAAUAUGUUACAAUAAUUAUUUAUUUACUUUGAUUAUGGUUUAUGAUUAUCGUUUAUAAUAAUGCCCUCCCCCAAGCGGGAUUCAAACUGGGGAGCUUCGUGAUGGUGGGCAGGUGAUCUAACCGCUGCGCUGCUGUAUACCUCUAAGCCAUCGAGCAUGGUGGUUUUUAAGAAACAAGCAUCCCCAGUAUUAAAGGUUCAAAGAUAGGCUGCCCUGGGUAUAGUUGCCUAUGCCCAGGGCAGCCCUGAUGGGAUUGGACUUCAGUUCAUAUGUGAUAUGCCAGGGCAGGUGAGUGAAUCCUUAUGUGAAUGUGGUUUAUCUGUCUGUCACGUCACUAUAGCUAUAUGUAUGACCCAGGCAAUGAACAAUUAUGCAGUUAGUUAUCAGAAUAGCAGCAGGCAUAAGAAGAGAUACAGGCAAAAGUUCUUCACAAUACAUGGGGGUUCCAUUCCUUAUCCCAGCUCCCUUAGUCUGAAUAAAAAAACAUCAAGUUCAAGGCCCCAACUGACAGCAUCCUCGGUGAACGUCUGGCAAUGGAGAGCUGAGGAUGUGAUGCUGGAGGACAGAGCCUCAUGGGAGGACAAGCCCCUGCAUGGGAUGUACCACCGGACAAUAACUGAUGUGGCUGAUAUCAAGAAGUCCUACCAAUGGCUAGAGAGGGCUGGCCUGCAGGACAGCACAGAAGCUCUGAUCCUGGCAGCACAGGAACAAACCCUGAACACCAGCGCGAUAGAGGCUCAGAUCUACCACACCAGACAAGACCCAAGGUGUAGGCUGUGCAAAGAGGAAACAAUCCAGCACAUACCUGCAGGGUGGAAGAUGCUGGCUGGGAAAGCAAACAUGGAGAACCACAACCAAGUAGCUGGAAUAAUAUACAGAAACAUGUACAGAAUAUGGA